AUGCAAGUGACCCUGCUCCCUGUCAGCCCUUCCUCGUCCUGCUUGUGGGUCCUGCGCCUGCAGUUGCCUGCAGAUCUCGGGCUCCUGGAGGCUGACUGGCCUGGACACCGCGGGUUUUGUUUGGAGCCCGAUGAUCUCACCCGCCCCACACCCCGAACUCCAGGCUCGGUGCCUGCCUCACCCAAAGCCACCCCACCUGCUUGUCAGCGAAAGUACUUCCUGGACAUCCUGCCUCCCGCGGUUCACCCAAAGGCUCCCCAUGAUGUCAACUUUGAUGAUGUCAGUGCCACAAGAGGCAGGAUGACCUGGAGGGUACACUCCCGUGGGAAAAGCCACACAUUUUUGUGUCAGGUUGAGCUCCAUUGUGAGGGACAAAUGAUACAAGAGCACAAUGUGUCGGUCCACGAGAGUGGGGAGCAGCUCUUCGGUGAUCUCCAGCCUGACACGAGGUACAAGGCCCAGGUGCGCUGUGCAGACGCCAACCACUUCUGGAAGUGGAGUGAAUGGACCCCUCGAAACUUCCACACCCUCGAGGCUGCUCCCUCGGAGGCCCCCGAUGCCUGGAGAACAGUGACGUCAGAGAAUGGACGUCGCAAGGUGGCCUUGUUCUGGAAGUCACCAUCAAAAUCUCGAGUCAAUGGCAAGUUCCCAUUCUAUAAUAUAGUGGUAAAAAAUAUGGAAAACUCCUCUGAGGUACAGCAGCAUGCCCUGCAGGCUCCAGUCAAUAGCACAUGGCUGAGCCUGGGCCAGUCCUCAUACCUGAUCCAGAUCACGUUCACCAACAGCCAGGGCACGUCACCUGCUUUGGUAAUGGGCAUCUCCAGAGAUUCUGGAAAUGAGGAGGUUGAAGCAGAAAGAGUUGACGGCACAAAGGAAGGGUUCAUGAUUUCUUGGAAACCCCGAACUAGAGACAUCGUGGGCUACGUUGUGGACUGGUGUGCAAAUUCGCAGGGUCAGCACUGCAAUUUGCAGUGGAAGAACCUCGGUCCCAAUGCCACGAGUACAAACAUUAGCUCAGAUGCUUUUAAGAAAGGGGUCCGGUACAACUUCAGGGUAUAUGAGAUAUCUGCACACAGGAUUGCUCAUUUAAUACAAAAAAAUGUAGGGUAUAUCCAAGAACUGGCUCCUCUGAAGAGUCCAGAUGUGAUCCUGAGUAACCCGACCUCGCAUUCCUUCGUUCUGAACUGGACGACGUACGCCACCGAGUCCCAGCCUGGUUUCAUAGAAGGGUACCACGUCUAUGUGAAAUCCAAGGACGCACAGUGUCCGCAAGAAUGGGAAGAGGUGGUUCUUAAAGGUAGAUUGGAAUGCUGCAAGUAUGAUAUCAAAAACCCUAAACAAAAGACAAUCUUUGUGGACAAACUGAAGCCAGAAACCUUGUAUGAGUGCUUCGUUACUUCGUAUACUAGUGCGGGCGAGAGCCCUAUUGGAGCUUUCAUGACGAUCAGAACUCCAGAUACUCACACCUACAUGCUGUUACAGAUCAUACUGUCCAUGACCAUGUGUGUCUUGUUCCUCCUGGGCCUGUGCUACUGGAAAAGUCAGUGGGUGAAGGAAAAGUGCUAUCCUGACAUCCCAGACCCCUACAAGAGCAGCAUCCGGUCACUGAUAAAAUCCAAGGAGAAGCCUCCCCUAACAAUCAUGAGUGUCAAAGACUGUAUUCCAGAUGCUCUUGAAAUUAUCAAUAAGUCAGAAGGCACCAAGACACAGGGUGGAGGCACUGGGAAAUUGCACGCAGAAAAUGCACCAACUAAGCUUGCCUACCUUCGCCUCCUGCCAACAGAGGGUUCCUCUGGCCCUGGGCCCUGCAUCUGUUUCGAGAACUUUACUUAUAAUCAGCCAGCUUCUGACUGUGGCUCCUGCGGUCAUAUCUCAGUACCCCCCAGAGACCCACCAUACCACCUGGAACUACUGACCUCGCCUAACAAUUUGCUGAAUGUUCUAGAGAAAGACUACACAAAUUCCCUGGGAGAAAUCCCUGCUGAACAAAGUAGUUUGAAUUAUGUGUCCCAGUUGGCUUCACUUGUGUGUGGAGACAAAGACAGCCUUGCCACAGAUCCACCCAUGCCGCAGCAUUGUUCUGAGUAUAAAAUGCAAAUGGCAAUACCCCAUGCUUCUCUCAACUCCCCGGGUGAGAACAUCAGCUUGUCCUCAAUGAUCCUUUUAGGUCAAGGUAAACACUACCAUUAGUCAGAACUAACCCAGUUCAUACACUACAGGUGCUCAGGGAAACAUAGCUAGCACCAUGCCAAAACCACAAGUCCAGAUCCUUAAUCCCAAGACUGUCACUAACUGCAGAAGUGAAUUCUAUGACCAUGAUUGUGUGCUUGACCAAUGUCCAGAACUGAGCAACUCACCAUCCUCUUACUGCAGGCUUCGCGUAGAAAUGGCGGGAUCUGGGAGCACGCUUUCCUUCUUGCUAUUCAUUCAUUAUCCAGUACAUGUGCCCUUGACAUCUAAUGGGCCUCAGACUCAUUACUCAGACCCUGUCCUCUUAUAUCAGUUUUUAGGGAGAAAACAUCUCCGUUAAAAUUGGCCUUUGCUGGGCAUGGUGAUGCAAGCCUUUAAUCCCAUCACUCGGGAGGCAGAGGUAGGAGGAUGGCUGUGAGUUCAAGGCCAACCAGACACUACAUAGUGAAUUCCAGGUCAGCCUGGGCCAGAGUGAGACCCUACCUCGGGAAAAAAUAAAAUAAAAUUUGGCCUUCAUCCCAGGGGCAGAACAAGUGUGUGGAUCAAUGCCACAAGAAAUUUACUAGAACCUAAGUUGUCAGUGUGUUUGUUGUAUUUAAUAAAAACAAUUGCAAAUGUUUGAGACCAAAUCAAACUUUAGACUUGCUGUGAAACAGGAAUUUGUAGUGCAUGAACACUGUAAAGAGAACUCUUGGUGCAGAGACAGAACCUCACAGGCAAGAUGUACAAACAAAACAAUCUCCAUGACGACUGCUGUCUAGCUUCCUGUGGUAACACAGGACUUGGUGUCCAGGUUAACAGCACUUCUAUUCACUAUGUCAGUCCUCUUCCUUUAUUUUUGACUACCUCAGAUUAGAAAAAGGAAAACUGGACUGGAGAGAUGGCUUAGCAGUUAAGGUGUUUGCCUGCAAAGCCUAAGAACUUGUGUGAAUCUCCAGGUCCCACAUAGA